GCGGUGAACUGUUGCCGCGACACUCGCACCGGAAAAGUGCGGAGUCCGGCGCGUUCCGGGCGCGGAGGGGUCGGAGGGGUUCAGGGAGCAGCGUCCCGCAGAGCCCUCGGGCUGAGCCGGCGCCAUGGGGAAGCGGCAGCACCAAAAGGACAAGAUGUACAUCACGUGUGCAGAGUACACGCAGUUCUACGGGGGCAAGAAGUCAGACCUCCCACGAACUAAUUUUAGGCGUCUGUCAUUUGAUCACUGCAGUUUGUCUCUGCAGCCAUUUGAAUACCCAGUUUGUACACCAGAUGGGACAGUCUUUGACAUCCUGAGCAUUGUUCCUUGGAUCAAGAAAUAUGGAACCAAUCCUAUCACAGGAGAAAAACUAGAUGCCAAAUCACUUAUAAAGCUGAAUUUUGCUAAAAACAGUGAAGGUAAAUACCACUGUCCAGUGCUGUUUACUGUGUUCACCAAUAAUUCCCAUAUUGUGGCCAUCAAGACAACUGGGAAUGUGUUUGCCUAUGAGGCAGUUGAGCAGCUGAACAUUAAACCAAAAAGCUACAAGGAUCUGUUGACAGAUGAGCCCUUCACUCGGCAAGACAUUGUAACACUGCAGGAUCCAACAAACCUGGAUAAAUUCAAUGUCUCAAACUUCUUUCAUGUUAAGAACAACAUAAAAGUAAUUGAUCCAGAUGAAGAAAAAGCAAAAUUAGAUCCAUCUUACUAUCUGAAAAAUACAAAUACAGAGACACGGGAGACUUUACUGGAGCUUUAUAAAGAAUUCAAAGGUGAUGAUAUUCUAGCAGCUACUAUGAAGGCUCCUGAAAAGAAGAAAGUGGAUAAGCUGAAUGCAGCUCACUAUUCCACUGGAGCAGUAAGUGCUUCCUUUACCUCCACUGCAAUGGUACCUGAAACUACCCAUGAAGCAGCUGCUAUUGAAGAAGAUGUUGUGAGAUACACUUACGUGAAGAAGAAAGGGUAUGUGAGACUUCAUACUAACAAAGGAGACCUGAACCUGGAGCUUCACUGUGAUAUGACACCCCGAACAUGUGAAAACUUUAUCAAAUUGUGCAAGAAGAACUAUUAUGAUGGAACAAUUUUUCACAGAUCAAUUCGUAAUUUUGUGAUCCAAGGAGGUGAUCCAACUGGAACAGGAACAGGAGGGGAAUCUUACUGGGGAAAACCUUUCAAAGAUGAAUUUAAGCCAAAUUUGUCCCACACAGGACGUGGUGUUCUUAGUAUGGCCAAUUCUGGACCCAACACAAACAAAUCACAGUUCUUCAUCACAUUCCGCUCUUGUGCAUAUCUGGACAAGAAGCAUACAGUUUUUGGAAGGGUAGUUGGUGGUUUUGAGACUCUGACUGCUAUGGAGAAUGUGGAAAGUGACCCAAAAACAGACCGUCCCAAGGAGGAAAUACGAAUUGAGGCGACAACUGUUUUUGUUGAUCCGUAUGAAGAGGCAGAUGCCCAGGUUGCUGCAGAAAGAGAGAAGGUCCAGCUAGAAGAAGAAGCAGCCAAAACAAAAGCUGAGGUGGUCCCACUGAAGAAAGAGGUCCAGACUCCUAAAACCUACCGGCAGGGGAUUGGAAAAUACAUUAACAUGGCUGCAGCGAAGCGCAGCAUGGAAGAUGACGGCCCCUCAACCAGCACAGCUGUGAAGAAAGAGAAAAAGAGCACAGGCUUCGGGGACUUCAGCUCCUGGUAGCAGCUUGGGGAGCCUAGCACUGGAGCAGCACAGCAAAAAAAGAAAAGGCAGCCUCCCACAUGUCCUGAAAGAGCCUGAAGGCACUCUGUCCUGGGGAGGGAAGGCACCAGCCUGCCCUUCCACUGGGGAAGAAGACUGUUGCUUUGUUAAGGCUGGUUAAUGUGGCUUUGUUUUCUAGAGAACUGUGUUCCCCCCACUGCAUCUUCCUCGAAGGCCUUUUUGUUGUUGUUUUGCUAAGCAGGGGAGCAGGCAGCCCAGCUUCACUGGGGAUUAGCUGGAGCCUUUUCCUGCCUGCCUGGCAGCAGACCAGGCAGAGCCCAGCCUUGCAGGAUGCUGCUUCAGUGAACAGCUCCAUUGGUGAAAGGGCUCCUUUUACAGGUAAUCGUUUCCAGAUGAGGCAAGUCUGCCAAAUGAAGGGAUGAAUUAAUGUGGUGGGGAAAAGCCUGUGCUGUUGCAGUGCCUUGCAAAGGCUCUAGCCUGUCCUGCCCUUCCCUUCCAUCUGCCUUUUGCUAGUUCUCAAUAAGGACCAAUUCACCAAUUCUAUCUUCUCUUUGUGGGCCUGCAAAGAGGAUGGCCUGACUGCUGUCAGUCUCCACAGGGCCUUCCUCACUCCAGAAUGAGCUCUCUGUGUACCUGGUUCAGUCUUCGACAGCCUGGGAAGCAGCAAAUCCAGGUGAGGAGUCUGGGGUCGCUUGUUCCUCCCAGUGCCUGGCCUUCCCUUAGCAACUGGGCAGCCAGAGGGGCCAGGAUGCACCAGUUCAAACCUGCCCUCUGAUCCCUGACAUCUUCCCAUCUCUGGGGAAAACCAUAUAAAAUACAGCUUACAGGUGUUUCAGAUAUUUCCACAUUACCCACAAAUUAUUAGGAAGCUUAAUAAAGGCUUUAUGGGGUAAAGAUGUAUCAGCCUGUAAAGUUCUAAUGUUUUAAUCCAGAACUUGUGUCUUGCCAUCACGUAGAUGUAGCAGGCUGAAUCCUGAACAUUACUUUUCAGUUGAUCUUAGGUGUAUUCAUUUGACAGAAAUACCAUCCCUAAUUCUCAGUGUGGCUCAGGAGACAGUUUUGUAACCAGCUUUUUAAUAAUACCUUUUACUGGUGGGUUUCUGUUUUAAGGGAAGACUCCAUUUAUAUGAAAUUACUGUAAAAACUUUUGGUGAAAUGUUUUGCAUUAAAUGCUUUUAUUUUCUUUU